CGGCAACACAGAGUCCGCCAUCAGUUCGCCGUUGCGUACCGUCGUCGAUUGAUCGUGUCGUAUCGCACGACCGCCGUGACCGUGAUUUUUGGCCCAAGAGCUGUUUUAUAUUAUAUUCUCACCACAACCUGUCCAGAAUCUCUAGUGUCGUUGUCGAUAUUACAGUGUGUCUCUUCGUUGUGAUUAUUGUCGUUUUGGAUAUUUUUAUAUUUUGGUUUUAAUCGAAUAAUAUAAUAUCGUUUAUACAUUUUUGCGGAAAAUGGUGGUCGACAUAAGUGUGUUCGGUUACGUGCCGCCGGCGCGGUUAGCUGUGUCCAUAUAGCACGAAGACUGUUUUCGGAUUGCUAUACCUAUUGCCAAUACAACUUUAACACUGUUCGCGUAAUAACAUUAUUUUGAUUUUUUAUUAUUGUAUUACCGCGUUCGUCUGACCGGCCGAAUCAUGCCCAAGAUAUUCCUCAUAAAAAACCGGUUGCACCAGCAACAGCAGAAACUGUUGGAGAACCAAAAGGGAAACUCGCAACCCACCGACCCGUUGAUACAACAGUACGAUCAUCACCACCACAGCCGGCUACAGUCUCCGCCGCUGUCUUUAGUACACGGAAAACAUCAAGAUAAGAACGUAUGCAGAGUAGCGGACGACGACGAUGAAGACCGGAUCAGCGGCUUCGAACCGGAUUUGCGGAAUAGAUCCGUAUCGCCGCCCGUUCGCCGUGUCUGUCCGGCGGCCGUAUCGCCCGCGGCAGUCGCAAUCAUCCCCAGCCCACCAUCACCGGACUGGAACCCGCCGCCCAAGCGACGGUUCAUAUCCACCUCGGACGGCGACAACAUACCGUACGGCAGCAAGGACAGCUUACAGAUAACCCGGCAGACGGAACCGCCGGCGCCAGUUGCCGUCAAGGUAGAAGAAGACGCGAGCUCGACGCCGAGUCCGGAACCCGCCACUGAGCCCAAGCUCCAACUUCCACCGCCACUACCGACACCCAAAUGUCAUCCAGUGUCCGUCAUCCAACGCACCCCGGCUCCGGCCAUGGUCAAGUCCCCUCGGCCCGCCGGACCGGCUGCACAAUCUCCUUCACCGUCGCCGACGGUUCAAGAACCGGAACAGGACGCUCCUAUCGACUAUCACGUGCCCAAAAAAGAGUCAGACUUCGACAUGGAAAUUGUUAAAGCCAUCAAGAACAAGUUUACCAUCACUCUCCGAGGCCAACUGGUAUCGGCGCCCAACGGUAUUAUCACCGCGGCGGCCGGACGGGGCCGGAGCAGUGGCGGCCAGCAAGGUGCCGGCGGUGGUAGCGGAGGUGGCGGCGGCGGCUCCAACUCAGGUGCCAACCGAGGGUCGUCGCUGCACUCUUACACGCUCGGUGGAGGAGGCGGUGGUGGUCCGGGUCUUCUCGGUAGUGGAGGCGGUGCGGGCGGUGGAAUGGCCCCAGGAGGUGGCGGCAUGAACCCUGGCGGCAACGGCAAGCAUUUCGGCGGGCCCAACAGUCCCGUAUCGCUGCCGCCGUUCCACGAGAGCCUGAUCAAGUCCGGUGGAAACUGUUACUCUGCUCAGUACAAUAACCAGUAUCAUCUGAUGAUGUCUGAACAGCUGUGUUUCAACAACAAUGACACGGGACAGACACCAACGACCACAGGCGGUGGCGGCCCGUUUUCCAUAGGGCUAGACGGUCCGCCCAAGCAGUACUCGCUGCUUCAGAACGCCUCAUCGUUGGGCAUCGACAUCAAGGAAGACGACUGUGAAGAUCUGUCCAGUUACGUCAAGGAACCUAACGGUUUCGACACUCUGAUGGCCGACUCUGAGAACGGUACGUCUAACGACCCCCUGCAGUUCACCGCCACUCUGACGUUUGCCGGACCCACCGAUCCCGAUUUCUUAGAAAGUCUAACCGAUGCCGCCGAGCUGUUCUUCAAGGAGCCUCAAGAAUGUAUACCUCCGACCAUGGUCGAACAGCCCAUGCACAUGUUCAACGAACACCGAAACGGAUUUUCCGAAUCUCAGUCGGAAAAGCGUAAUUACUUGCAACAAAACGGUAGUAGCGCCGUCGGUCAGUCGGUGUGCCGUAACAACUACAACAACUACGAGAUGUCAAAAGACCGAUUGUCGCACGGCAGCUUCGACGAUUCAAACCAACAACUUCAACAGUUACAGAUACAAGUGCAACUGCAACAACCCCAAAACGUAGACGGUUGCGGCCAGAUGAUGUUGUCGCCGGGUCUGUCGUCGCUGGAAAUGGACUCCAAUACCAGCAUGUCUGCCCCGUCGCCGGCUAGCGUGAGCAUGGACGGCACAGUCUCGCCAUCGCAAAACGGCAAGGACAACAGCAACUCCUCGUUAGACGUGAGAGUCCUACAACAUAGGGUGAGAAAGACCACCCCACCCGUAGAGAAACCCAAAUAUUCUUCUUUCGCCAGUAAACUCACGGCAAAACUCGGUCUACCCAACGACUUGCCCUUCGAGUUCGUCAACGGCGGCCACGGCAUCAAAAAUCCGCUGGCCAAUCACGACACCCUGCCUCCCCCGGCUUUGGGCAGAUCCCCCGUCACGUCGGCCACCGAACCCGAGAGGAUUUUACCCACUUCGGGUACCAAUUCGGAUUCGUCGGCUUCCCCGUCCACCGAGAUCGGCCACAAGUCCGGGUCCAAGUUCUGCUGUAACCUGUGCUCCAAGACUUUCAACCUGCAACGUUUGUUGAACAGACACAUGAAAUGCCACAGCGACGUCAAGCGAUACCUGUGCACGUUCUGCGGCAAAGGUUUCAACGACACGUUCGACCUGAAGCGACAUACCCGAACCCACACAGGCGUUCGACCCUACAAGUGCAAUUUGUGCGAGAAGUCGUUCACCCAACGAUGCUCGCUUGAGUCUCACUGUUUGAAAGUGCACGGCGUACACCAUCAGUACGCGUACAAAGAGAGAAGAACAAAGAUGUACGUUUGCGAAGAGUGCGGACACACGACCAACGAACCCGAAGUGCAUUAUAUUCACUUGAAAGAGAAACACCCGUACAGCCCGGCGCUGCUCAAGUUCUACGACAAGCGACACUUCAAGUUCACAAACUCGAACUUUGCCAACAUGUUGCUCCAAGAACGCGAGGGGCAUAAGUCCAAUACUUUAAAACGUUUGUCGCAAGUCUGUUGAAUCCGGUGGUGAUGACGGUUUGUGGUGGUGGACGAUGAAUGAGUCAACGAUUGAUAAGUCUUGUAGGUCGGCGAUCAAGUUUUUUUUUUGCUUGUUUUUUGUUUUUUUGAUAAAGUCAUUGGAUGUUGUGUUUGUCUUCUAUUGAUUAUUACAUAAUACUAAUUAUAUUAUAUUUACAAUAUGUUGGUAUUGUGCGUUAGGAUUAGGUUAGUUGUAUUUUUUUGUUGUAAAUAAACUAAAGAGAUAAUGAACCGUCGACUCGUGUAUGGUGUUCAGUCUAUACCUACUAUAAGCGCUUAAAAAUUAUACUGUUAAGCAUUUAAACAUUUUCCGAUAAUAUAUUUUGUACAUAUUAUACCUAUUAUUUAUGUAUACAAUUAUUGAUCUUUUAUAUUUUUAUUAUACAUUUUUACAAAUCGGACAAGUUUUUUUUCUUUUAAACGUAAUUUUAACGAUAACAUUGGACAUAAAACAUUAUUUAUUGAAGUUCUAGAACAUAUUAUUGUUGUACAUUAAAUAUGAAAAGUAAAAAUCCUUUUCAUUUUAAUUAUUGCGAUUCUCAUUUUUUUUCUUGCCAACAGGGCAAAUAGACAUAAUUGAUUACACGCACACACAUACUAUAUAAUAAUAUAUCAUAAUUGUAGAUGUGUGUUUAUGUGAUUUCACUCAUACCAAAGUCUUCUGUGCGUUGUCUUGUGGUAUAUGGGUUUUCUUUAAGAAAUUAAUAUUGAUGGUAUGAUAAUAUUAAAAAAAAUAAAAACUGUAAUAAAAAUAAAUAAAUACCUAGUUAAUAUUUAAACAAACGAUUAACGAACCACUUUCGGGUUGGGUAUAGUGGUAUCCUAAAUUAUGAUAUGAACAGGUAGUUAUAAUAUUUAAUAAAGUAUAUAUAUUUAUAUGUGUAACCUAUAUGAAACCGGGUUAAAAGUAUUUAAUUUAUUUAUGAGUAACAAUGAUUAUUGUAGCAGUUUAAUUUAAUUUUAAUGUAAUUACGAAUUAGAGAAGGGAAAGGAGUUUUUUUUUUUGUUAGUUCAAAUAAUAUAUUAUACAUAUAUAAAUUAUGAUUUUUAGAUUAUAUUUUUUAGAUCGUAAUGUGAAUAUAAACCUGUGAUACGUUUUCAAUUUUUAUUCUUAUAAGCACAUCCUAACUUGUAUUAUUAUUAUUAAUAUUAUUUUGUGUCUUGAUAUUAAGUAAAAUGAUAUUAUUUAGUUUG